AGCUCUCACAGUUUCUUAUCUCCACUCUCACAAACCCUCUCUCUCUCGCAGCAGAACCCUUUCUAAAACCUUAUCUUCUCCCCUUAAGAGCUUAUAGCUUCGAGAGAGCAAAAUUCUCAAAAGCUAAAUAGCCAACCAUGUCUGCCUCUGCUUCUUCUCUCUCCGCUUUCAAACCUAAAUCCCUUCCCCUCUGCGUUUCCAGGCCCGCCGCUUCCGUCUCCGUCUUGCCUCCUUCCCUCUCCUUCAAACUUCACUCCGACCACCUCGUCUCUCUCUUCGCUUCCUCCUCCUUGAAAUGCUCUUCCCCCGCUGCUGAGUACCAGUCGAGGUUCGUCAGGAACGUUGCCGUGUCCUCUGAUUUCGAAGUGGAGGAAGAUGACAUGUUCGCCGACGGUGACGAUUCGGCCCCUGUGGAGCGUAGCUCCUUCUCUCCUGACCUUAAGCUCUUUGUUGGUAACCUUUCUUUUAACGUUGAUAGCGCUCAGCUCGCUCAGCUCUUUGAGAGCGCUGGAAAUGUUGAGAUGGUUGAGGUAAUCUAUGACAAAAUGACUGGACGGAGCAGAGGUUUCGGAUUUGUGACAAUGUCCACUGCAGCGGAAGUUGAGGCAGCUGCUCAGCAAUUCAAUGGCUAUGAAUUUGAAGGCAGACCCUUGAGAGUUAACGCUGGCCCUCCUCCACCUAAGAGGGAGGAAUCCUUCUCCAGAGGACCAAGGAGUGGCGGUUAUGGUUCUGAGCGUGGUGGGGGUUACGGUUCUGAACGUGGUGGUGGUGGUGGUGGUUACGGGUCUCAACGAGGUGGUGGUUACGGUUCUGAACGAGGUGGUGGUUACGGAGGGUCUCAACGUUCCAGUUAUGGUUCUGGAUCAGGGUCAGGUUCAGGCUCAGGCUCGGGAAACCGUCUUUAUGUAGGAAACCUCUCUUGGGGUGUGGAUGACAUGGCUCUUGAGAACAUGUUUAAUGAGCAAGGAAAGGUUGUUGAAGCCAGAGUCAUUUACGAUAGGGACAGUGGUAGAUCUAAGGGUUUUGGGUUUGUGACACUCAGCUCUUCACAGGAGGUUCAAAAGGCCAUCAAUUCUUUGAAUGGUGCAGAUUUGGAUGGAAGACAAAUAAGAGUCUCAGAGGCUGAGGCUAGGCCACCAAGAGGCCAGUUUUGAGCGGCCACCCCACUUCACCUUCUCAAAAAAUGCAGAUUCUGGAGGGUUCUUUGAAGCAUAUGGGGUUAAGAGUGAGAAGAUGGCGGUUUCAGUCAGUAACUAAAACUCACUGCUGCUGCACGCUAGGCUUUAUUCCGCCUUAGAUGUAUGAAGAUCAUAAAGGAAUGGUCUUUUUUUUGAGAAAGAUAACAAUUAGGUUAAAGCAGAGACCCCUGUUUUCUUGUCUGUCUGAAUCCUGCGGUUGAUUUUAGUUGGAUUUGCAUUUUUCUUCUUCCCUUUUUUGUUGGUAUUUUGACACCUUUGGCUUUUUUGGAAUAUGAGAGUGUGACCGUAGCAGUCUAUUUUGUUUAA